AUGGUUCCCUUACCUCUCUUUAAAUUUGCGGCCCUCUUCGUCAGACAUGUGUCGAAAUAUGGCGCUAAUUGGAUUAAGAAUCAAGCCCAUGACCACCCGAAGUUCCGAACGAUCGCAGCGCGUUAUGGUCAAACAAUGCAUCAAAUAAACAUGCGCAUGGCAGUCACUUUAUUGCGGGAUGCAGCGGCCGAAAAGAGAGCCAGAGAGAAAGCGGAGGCUCCGACUGUGAAAACCGAAGAGCAGACGAAAAUCGACGAGGCGCAUAAGGCUCAAAAGAAGGCAAACCCGUCCACCAGCAUAUGGAGAAGAAGAUUUAGGCCGUUACCGGAGGGGAAAGCUGUUGAUCUCUUUGCAGAUGUUAUAGGAGAUAUGUUUAUCCUCUUCGUUGCUGGCGGAUUGAUACUGUAUGAAUAUGUCCGGACAAGGGGGAAACCAGACGCGAAUGCAGAGAAAAUAGCUGCCCUGAAUGAAAAGCUUGCAGAAUUGGAUAGACGAGAGCAGGAAUUGGAGGACUCGGAAAAGAAACAGAUUACUCGUGUAGAAACACUGGAACAAGCCAUUGAAGAGAUGAAAAGGCAGACAGCGGAAAGCGGAAAGAAGAAAAGAUCAAUAUCUUUCUCUUCAUAA